UUGCAGCCGGUACCGCGGCUCCGGUCCCCGCCCUUCUGCCACCUGCUGACGCCUCGGCCGCGCCCGGCUGGUGCCUGCUCUGCGGUACCCAGCCCGAGGGGUCAGGCAGAGAGCCGGGCCGCGCCCUUCGGCCAACUUCUCUCACUGCCACCCGCGCCGCCUCGCGAGACCGGGGGCUGGGCCGUGUUCGUGGCCGCCGCGCAGCAGGAAGGGAGCGGCUGCAGGGGCGAACGCCCGGCCGAACUGUGCGGCCGGCGGCCCUGCCUGGGCGCGAAGGGCGGCGGUGGCGGGCCCAGCUGCCUUCUUUCAGUCCGGAGCCCGGCGGAGCCCGGACCUGGCCGGGAGAGCUGCAUCCACGGCCCAGCACCCAGACCCCGCCGCCGCCACCGCCGCCGUCGCCGCCACCACCGCCUCUGUCCAUCCUUGGUACUGGCAAUGGCCUUCAUAUCGCCCGAUGCACUUGUGACUAAUCUGGACACGGAAUACUAAGAACUCACUUCCGUUCUCAUCCCAUUCGCGCCAGCGGUAACCACCUCGGUUCAUUUGGGCUUAACUGCUGCUCCUCUUGACUCCGUCCGACUUUGGAGGCAUCAUGGACCAAAGUGGGAUGGAGAUUCCUGUGACCCUCAUCAUUAAAGCACCGAAUCAGAAAUACAGUGACCAGACUAUUAGCUGCUUCUUGAACUGGACCGUGGGGAAACUAAAAAUGCAUCUAUCUAACGUAUACCCUAGCAAACCAAGUUCAGAUCAUUCAGGAUCAACAACUCCGUCAUCCAGUCAAGAAACCUUGUCUUUAGCUGCUAGCUCUUCCUCAGAAGGAUUGAGGCAGCGUACCCCUUCACAAGCACAAACCAACCCCGCACAGAGUCAUCAGUUUCCAUAUGUAAUGCAAGGAAAUGUAGACAACCAGUUUCCCGAGCAAGCUAUUCCACCUGGAUUUCCAGCGUAUCCUGCCUUUAGCCCACUGCAGAUGCUGUGGUGGCAACAGAUGUAUGCUCAUCAGUAUUACAUGCAAUAUCAAGCUGCGGUUUCAGCUCAGGCCACAUCAAACGCCAACUCAGCCCAGCCUACUGCUUCACAGCCUCUAAAUUUGGCACAUGUUCCUGGAGAAGAACCCCCACCAGCUCCAAACCUAGUGGCCCAAGAAAAUCGACCCAUGAAUGAGAAUGUUCAAAUGAAUGCACAGGGAGGUCCAGUGCUAAAUGACGAAGACUUCAAUCGAGACUGGCUAGACUGGAUGUACACGUUCUCACGAGCUGCAAUUCUCCUUAGCAUUGUGUACUUCUAUUCUUCUUUUAGUCGGUUUAUCAUGGUAAUGGGAGCCAUGCUACUGGUUUAUUUGCACCAAGCUGGAUGGUUUCCUUUUAGGCAAGAAGGAGGUCAGCAACAGGCUCCCAACAAUGUCGGAGUUAACAAUGAUGGGCAAAAUGCACACAAUCUAGAACUUGAAGAAAUGGAGCAUCUUAUGGAUGAUGGGCUGGAAGAUGAGAGUGGAGAAGAUGCAAGCGAAGAUGCCAGUGCAAUUCAGAGGCCUGGUCUGAUGGCUGCAGCUUGGUCUUUCAUCACCACCUUCUUUACUUCGCUAAUACCAGAGGGGCCUCCCCAGGUUGCCAAUUAGACCUGAAAAACUGUGCCACCUAUAAAGAAGGGUCUGACUUUAGGAAAGUGGUUUUAAAUAAUAGUGCAAUUUCAAAAAAA